UACAGGUUUGGAACGACAAGGGAAAUUAAAUUAAAUCAUAAUUUUCAUUUUAGGAUAGACUAACAUUUUAACCCCAGCAACAAUGGCUUUACCCAGAAACCGCUGUCAGCGCAGCAGCAGCAUGAAUGAAGGUCCCAAUAUACGAAAGCCGAAGCUGCCACCACGCAGACCAUCUCUGCUUCAAAGAGGAUCUCCAAAACGAUUCCGUCUACACACAGAGAGGAAAGUUCUUGAUGAAAAUGGAAAAGUCAGAAAAUGGACUUAUAGGAAAAUAGAUGCCAGCAAACCAAACAAAAUCAUUCUGCUGGUGGGAGAGACUGGCGUUGGUAAGACCACCAUCAUCAACACAAUGGUCAACUACUUACUGAAUGUGACGUUUGAGAAAGAAAUAUGGUAUGAAAUCACAGAAGAAGAAACCAGAGAUCAAGCAGAAUCACAAACCUCUGAAAUCACCAUGUAUGAGGUCUUUCCUGUAAAUAGUCACAUGUCUCUCACCAUCAUUGAUACUCCAGGCUACGGAGACACUAGAGGACUGGACAAAGAUCUGGAAGUUGCUGAGAAUUUAGCCACUCUGUUUCAGAGCAGUGAUGGAGUUCGUGAAGUCGACGCCGUGUGCUUCAUGACUCAAGCGUCUAAGAAUCGUCUCUCAGACAGACAGCAUUACAUUAUCAGUUCAAUUCUGUCUUUGUUUGGAAAAGACAUUGUGAACAACAUUGUGUUUUUUAUCACACACUCUGAUGGUCUGCCACCCAAAAACGUCAUCAGCGCCAUUAAAAAAGCUAGAAUCCCCUGCAGACGAGACAAAAAUGGCGAACCUGUUUAUUUCUUAUUCAACAACCGGCAGGCUGAAGAACGUCACACUAAAGAACGUCACAUUCGUGCUCAAAAAGUUGCCUGGGAAGACAGUGUAGACGGCAUGAAGUAUUUCCUUCAAUCUCUGAAUGAAAUGAGCAGAAGAAGUUUAGAGUUGACUUCAGAUGUCCUGAUUGAGCGCAUUCGUUUUGAAGCAUCCAUCUGCAACUUACAGCUGCGAGUUCAAGAGAAAGAGAUGAAAAAGGCUGAAAAACUUCAGAUUCAGGAGGCAAUGAUGCAAAACAAGGAAAAGGUUGAGGAAAGUAUAAACUUUACUAUUAAAGUAAAAAAGACAGACAAAAUGAAGAUCAAUGUCUAUCGGCGACCUUCGAGAAAUUCAUUGAGAGGUUUGAGCCUUAUCAUAGAGGGAACCGUUUGUGUCAACAGCAUGGGCAAAUUCAACUUCAGAGAACUUCAGAGAGAGACGGAACUUCGCAAUCUUCAAACUCGAGAUGGUUAUUCUGGAAGAACAGAACAGGCUACUGAGACACUUCAAGAGCAGACUACCGAGGUGGAACAUCGAGAACUGGCUACUGAGAUUCUUUGUAGAUAG